AUGUUUCUUUCACGAUUUGGAACUUCCGCAGCAAACGCAGACAGUAUGAAAGAAGUUUAUGAACUUCGGAUUUACGAUGGCGCCAGUCGUGGGACAAGGCUGACGAUGGGUGUCGAAUUGCAACGCCGUUUCGAGACAAUGAAAAACUGUUUCGGACAGCUGGAGACGGAUGUCGACUGGAUUGAGUACCAAUCUUCUCGGAACGCUUUCUACACCGCAAGCGAUCUGCCUGCAGUAAAGCCGGCGGGCGAUAUGACGGGAACACUCCAUUUGCUUUGCACGGGUAAUCGAAUGCAUUCACUCGAUUUUCGAAUUCAUGUUACUCAUCGAAAUCAUCAUCCGCCCACAUUCACCAAGCCUGAAUAUAACUUCUUCGUCCCAGUGACACUGACUGUCGGAGAGCAAGUCGGCAAGAUGGAGGUACGUUGCCCUAUAGGUAAUGCUGGGUAA